GAUUUGCGUACAUCCCAUAUUCGCUUUCAAACACAUUUCACCAUCUCUCAUCUCUUCUUCUUAUUUUAUUUCUCAACAAAAAAAAGAUUCAAUUCCUUGCUUUUUUUUUUUGAUCAUCAUCGGGGAAUUGAUAUCAAUCACACUUAAUCCAUCAAACCAUUUUUAUCGAGCUUGUUUAUCCUCCGCUGUUAACCAGGUUCGCUUACCGAUCCACGACCCCCUCAUCCCAGUAUCCGCAAUCGUCGCCGAAAUCGACCUGUUAAUCGACUUCACAUUCGAUCUGGGAAUCUUAGUCCAGUCAACCUUAAAAUCGAACAUUUUUUUUAAAAAGCAAAGACGAACCGAGUCAACCAAACGUUUCUCUAUACAUAUUACUUCUUCGUUACCAACAUAUCAUACACCAUCUCCAUUACUCUCACCCAAGUCGACACGAGGAAGCACCAUAUAUUCUUGAUAUAAAUUCUCUGUAUCUGAUAGAACAAUAUAGACGCCCGACCACCAUUAUUCAAGAUGACUAAAGAUAAAAAGAUGAAGCCUGCAAAGGUCGAGAAGUCCUAUGCUAACAAAACCCCCAAGACCAAUUUGGAAAAGAUGUCUCACAAAGAGCGUGCAUUUAUUGCUGCCGCCAAUAGAAAUGAUCGUCCAGAUGUCAAGGGUCGGAUGAAGUCGGCUAGAGAGGCUUCAAAUCUCCACCGAGAGAGAACUGGUCGAGGACUCAAACUUUCAGAGGACAUUGUCAUGUCUGGGAAUUUGGGUGAGGAGGAAGAAAGUCCAAUGCGAGUCUUUCAGAGACGUCACUGGAAUCCCAUGUAUAACCCAGUCCCAGUUCCCAUCACCCAAACUGAGCUCAUGCAACAUUUACGCGACAAUCCAGCAAUCGCAAACAACAUUCUAGCUUUGAUUGAAGGUGCUCAAAGCCUUCGUCCCACGGAGCAGGUUGAGCAAGUUGAGCCCCAGAUGGCAAUGGAGUUGUCAUUAUUCGUACAAGUCAACCAUCAAUUAGCAUCACAAACCACUAAUCAACCCGGAAGAAUGCCUCAAGAUAUGCCAACACCCCCAGGAACCUUGAGUCGAAAAACCAGUUAUGGCCCAAAUAUGCCAACGCCACCACACGACCAAAGUAUUGCAUCGCCAUUAGAGGGCUCAAUCAUGGCAUCGUCACCAAUGUUAACUAAUGAUUCUAAUCUGAUCGCUCCAUCUAUGGAUCGACAGCCUAGACGACGACACACAAGCUUUGGACAAGAUGCGACAUUAUACGACAUGCCCGGCUACAAUCGCAAUCCUGGACCCCAAUUUAUGGGCCGAAGCUCCAGUACUCCUGGGAACAUCACGCCUGGUACACCUUUUGAACACGACUUGAUGAUUCCAAACGCAGGAUCACAAACUCAGAUGGAUCCCAUGCAUCAAAAUCCUGUGCUUCGAAGCCCAGAGCCCCAAACUCACAUGAAUCAAGUCCAUCAGAGUCCGCUGGAAUGGUAUGCCAAGAAUCACUCGCUUCCUCAAGCACAUCAAAUGCCUCCUCAGCAGACGAAUCAAUUUCCCACGCAGUGGGAUCAGGAAAGAUCACCGCUCGACAUGACAUUUGCAUCUCAUUUCCUUCCCAGUCAAGCAGCGCAAAUCAACGCCGUUGAAAAUCAAUCCUAUAAUCAGUUUGCGCAACCGAGCACCGAUGACAAGUUUUUCGCCGACAUGAUCGAUUUUAACGGAGGUGGACGUUGAAAAAUCUACAUGGACUUGAGAGAAUUGGGGGUGUAUGUGAGAUGAUGUAAUUAUUUAAUGGAUGGAAGGUGUUUAUGUCGGUAUUUGAAAUUGGGAGGCAGGCGAGGCAUCGCACGGCACGACAUGGCAUGGCAUGACGGUAUUGCUUUCUGGGUUGCUGGGUUGCUGGGUUGCUUGGAUUGGGGUGUCUUUAUCAUUAUUAUUAUUGUUAUUAUGGGAAGUGUGUACACGAUUAUGGCGAAAAAAUGGGAAUUCACGGGUUUGUUUGUUCACCUAAGGAGCGAGGUGUUCAAAAAUUAUCAUAUAUAUAUAUAUACCCAUGAUACACGGAGUUGGGGAGAAUUUACUUAUUCUGGGUCAGUCGGGAUAGACUGGGU